AUCUACGACCGCAUUCGGUCCGUUUCCCGCGCUCAGUGCCUCGCUUGUCGCUAUCAGCGAACGGGCUAGUGUAUACGCGAAAAAUACGAUCGAGAUUUGGGCAAAGUCCUGUUAAAAAUCAUUCAUAAUAACAUUAACGACUCACAAAUUAACAUUUCCAUUAAUUGUAAAAAGCCCAGUGCUCAGUCAAUGCAAUUGUGAUUUUGGUGAAAGUGAACUUUCUAAAGAAUGUAAUUAUUGAGAUGUGGACCUCAGUGAAUACUCGACGGCCUACAUGAACAUAAGGGCUGGGGUAAUGCAAGGAGACAUAACAAAGUUAUGUGUGCUAGUCGCUACACUGGCACUGGGCAAAGUAUGGGGCGGAGGUUUGUGUGAGCGGGGGCGUAGCUUUUGGGACCAGAAGAACCAGGCCUGCACCCCGUGCACGCACUGUGACCCAACCCUGCGCCUCGUUGUCAAAUACCCAUGUGAAGUGUACCGGGAUACCAUCUGCCAGUCCAUCUACGAACUAGGGAUAUGGCCCUUCGAAAGCGCUCAGGGUGAUACUAAAGACAAUGACGUCAGUGAUGACGAAUACUACGAGUACACGGAUUAUGAUAGUGAAGUGAGUAAAGAUAGCGAUGGUGAAGUGACGUGGGACCUACAGACUACCAGUUUGACCCUGGCCGCGAGUGGAUGUGUCGUUUUCUUUCUCGUGGUGCUAGUAAUGUCACUGUACCAUGCCAAGCAAUGGAAGGUAAUAAAACGGGCGCUUAAAUCAGAUGUUCAAGACCUCACUGCUAAGCUAAAGCUCAUGGAGUCCGGUGGAGACGCGCCUGCGGAACCCGUAGUUACUACUGAUCAUCACUUAUACUGUAAUAUUCACUUAGGAAAAGAAGCUCUGCUUGGUACAACACCAACCAAAAAAGGCACGGGCAACGUGUACACACAAGAGAAGCAUCCGUCUUGAUUAAAUACCACCGAAUCAACUAAUUUAGUUAACUGUACAUACAAACCGCAGUCAACAUGUAAAAUUAUUUUAUUUUUGUAAAAUGACCUCGCAUAUGAAGCACAAAACAAAACUAUAUUUUCAUAUACAAAUUUUAUCUUAUUAGUAUCGUUUUUUUUUCGAAAUCUAUACCUUCGAAUUCAUAAGCAGUCGCUAAUCAUAGUGAUCUGCUAAUCACCUAUCCGCACAUACAAAAUAUUUGUUUAUAGAAAUAAUGUAGCGCACAUUCUGGGGCGGGACGCGACCGCGUCUGACGCGCGGGCGUUCUCCAAAUAGAUUCGACCGAGCUUCGUCGAGAACACAACUAUUAUGAACCAGACCAUUAACAACUUUAUUGGUAUCAAUUUUAAAGUCUGUUUUUAUCAAUCAGUUGGUGUUUAGCAUUCAGCAAGCGCGGAAGGAAGUUAUUUCUCAGCGUUCAUUCCGCGCAUCCACACCUGGCACUGUUUUCCAUAGCACGCUCGGGUUUUAUGGUAUUUUGAUAGCUAAUGUCCGGUGUAAGAGUUAUGAAUAAAACAACAACAAUACUUUUUAGACUUUAUAUUAUUACCAAUAGGUACGCGAACUUACCUCAGUUUACAUGACUAAGGAAAAUAAUUGUCGUUUUGUAUCAUUAAAUUACAUUAAAACUACAACAUAAAACAAACCUUACAUAUCAAAAAGAAUAAUUUACUAUAACAAAGUUACAGCACGUAAGGAAAAGUAGCUUUGAAUUUUGUUUAUAUCCUUACUGUGUAAUAUUUUGUCUCAAAAAAUUCUAUUGAAUAAUAUCAAUAUCAACAUUGGUACCGUGAGCUAUUUUUUGUAAUAUUUUUUCUAGUAAGCUGUGUAAUGUUUUUAAUAUUUAUAAAAACAAUUUCGGAUAUAACGAGAAACUAAAACAUGUAAUGUUUUCAGCUGUUCUUUUAUUAAGAAACCAUUACCAAACUGGGCUGAUAUAAUUACCAUAUACAUUUAACAUAUGAUAUGUCAAAACGACAACAGAGGUAAAAUAUUAAUCUAAACUUUUAAAGGACACACAUGAGGGAAACAACAAUAAAAUACCAUAAUAUAUUAAGAAAACCAUUUAUAUUCUGUACAAAAAAAAUAAGUUAAAUAUUUGGUUGGAAAGUGUAAAACUGAUAAAAGAAAUAAAUCAGGUGUUUAAAAAAUUCUUCUAAUUUACGGAGACUAUAGUUAUACAUAAAUUAACGUAAUCUGAAAGUUAAAUCAAAGCUUCACAUUGUAUUAUUAAGCAUCUCAUGUCUAAAAAUUAGACAUUACGCACUGUGGACCGUAAUGGCUACUCGAUUCCUUAGACUGUGACUGUCAUAGUCGAAUACUAAAAUGCUAUUUUUGAUGAAACUAAAGAACGACUAAACUAAAGUCGAUUGGUGGUAAGGCCUUUAGUGAAUCCGCAUGGGUAGGUACCAUCACCCUGCCUAUUUCUGCCGUGAAGCAGUAAUGCGGUAUGAAGGGUGGGGCAACUGCGGUAACUAUACUGAG